AUGAAAGCAUGCUGAUUUGUGCUCCCAAAGAGAAUUUUGAAAAUGGCACCAAACAACGCAAGAUCCGGAAAGCGAAAGACGCAGGCGAUGCAGAAACAACAAGUCAACGACUCUUCGAUUCCGGAGUUCUAUGCUGGAAAAUCGGUUUUCAUCACCGGUGGGACUGGGUUUCUCGGAAAGGCCCUUAUUGAAAAACUACUCUACAGCUGCAAAGACAUUGGCAAGAUUUUCAUGUUGAUCCGCGAAAAAAGAGGAGUGUCAGCCGAAGAGAGGAUGAAGAGGAUGCUGGCGACAGAGCCCUUCGUGAGACUAAGCAAGGAAAACCCUGAAGCAUUUGAGAAAAUUGUUCCUGUGUACGGAGAUCUUGUUGCUGACUGGCUUGGCACCAGCUCUGAAGACCAAAACACACUAUUUGAAGAGGUCUCCGUGGUGUUCCACCUAGCCGCAACAAUAAAAUUUAACGAGCCAUUGUCCGUCGCUAUGAGAGUCAACGUAGAAGGGACCAGGGAGGUCAUGAAAUUGGCGCAAAAAAUGAAGAAUUUGCAAUCUUUCGUCUAUAUGUCAACGGCCUUCUCCAACACCAGCGUAUACAGGUCAUACGUCGAGGAGAAAAUAUACCCACCACCAAAACCCAUCAACGAAGUCUACGAUAUGAUCAACAAUAAUGAUCCCAACGAGAAAUUCAACCCUGACGUUUUAGACGGCCGCCCCAACACAUACACUUUCACAAAGGCUCUAGCUGAAAACUACGUUUUAGAAAACCACGGAGACAUGCCAACUGUCAUUGUUCGGCCAUCUGUCGUAACCGCCGCUCUUCAAGAACCAGUAGAAGGAUGGAUCGACAAUUGGCAAGGACCAACGCCAGUUCUUUCACUCAUCGCCAAGGGCUGGGUGCGCACACUGUACGGAGACAAAUCCUACAGCUUUGAGAUCAUCCCGAUCGACUAUGUCGUCAAUCUAACUAUCAUCAGCGGUGCAAGAUGUAAAAAAUCAAACGAAGUCCCGAUAUACCACUGCUGCAGUAGUGGGAGCAACCCAAUUACGUUGACACAAGCAGCAGCUUUGUUUAUAGAAGAGAGUGGUAAACAUGGAUUCAAUGAACUGCCUUUCCCGGGUACGAUGUUCUCAAAAUCGUUGUGGUUGCUCUCACUAGCGUCCUUCUUCAUGCAAACUUUACCAGCUUACUUGGCCGAUUUCUUCCUUUAUAUUAUUGGAAAAUCAUCAAGAUAUGUGAAAAUACAAACUAAAUUGUCCUCAUACCUGGACACUAUUUGCUUCUUUGCGUCUUAUCCUUGGAAGAUCAUGAACAACCGCACCCGGUCGCUUUACCAGAGCCUAAGUAAAAGCGACCAAAAGCAGUUCCCGUGCGACGCUAAUCUUAUCGAUUGGAAAGUUUAUAUGCCCAUCUACUUCAGAGGAGUCAAGAGGUUCUUGGUAGACCCGGCAGAGAAAAAGAAGCAAUGA